AUGCAAUUUUCAUGCGACCCAUUUUCACAAUUACCAAUUGCCACCCCUGAAAGCCGAAGAACCCUAAAAUCCCCAAAUUCUGGAAUCAAACAUCACACCCAAGAACCCUGUACUUUGACAAUACCUAACGUCAAUUUGCGGAUUUCUAACAUCAUUCCAGAGCGUUUCUUCGCAAUUCAGUCUCCAAGUGAUAAGCAGAAUCAUCUGUCCCCAUUCACUGGCAAUGAGUUGUGCUACUUGAAGCUUUUCUACAUUGGUGUCAAAUUUGCUACUUGUUCUCUCCAGACCAGGUUUACCUUCCUCUCUCGUCUAAUCGAAUUCGGUUGCCAAGCCCGUGUGACUGUCUUCCCCCCAUUGUUCACUUCAUGCAAUCCAUGCAAGAAUUUUGUCCCUGCUGUUUUCCUCCAAUUUAAACUUGAUUAG